CACGCUGACAGCCUGCUUACGUCUGCACAUAGAACGCCGACAAUAUUGUAAAUUCUCUUGCCGAGACAGUUGAUGGUGACAGGGAGAUUCAACUGGCCUUUAGAAUGUAGAGGGAGGGGACACAACGUUUUGAAAAUACAUAUUUAGUAUGGCGGAUAGAAAAUGUCGACCGCUACAAAAACAGCAAUAUGAUACAACGUCACUCCGGCUGAGCGAGCCGCACAUCAGAAUGGAAUCUGCUCAAGCUGCUCUACCGCAUCUGCCUUCAUAACAGCAACUAUUUUCAUGGAAGAACUGGAGUGUUAGGCCUAUCAUUAACGUCAGAGAAGAAUAUAAUGACUUGCUCCAAUAGAAAAUACAUUCAUUUUAGGUGAUCGGCUAGCAUUAAAAUAUUUCACGCCUGCGAAUCACAGUCAAUUGAGAACAGGUACGAGGAGCAUCCUGACAUUAUGGUGUAUUUCUGAAUGGAUUUCAUCGCCUGUUUUCACUAGGACUUUUUGCAGCGUCGCAAUACACCGCACCAUGGAAAUCUGACUGAUCUGUUACCGGGCUUCAAAUGCUUAGUCGGUGAAUGGGAUGGAGAGGUUGUUUACAAAAAGGCAGCAGACAUCUCUGAGAUGUUCUCCACAGACGGCAGCAUCACAUUUGUUAUUUUAAUACAUCUGGGGAAAUAAGCAUUUCCUCUUCGAAGACAGCAAUGUCAUCAACAACCCGGAGUAGUUUUGUUGUUGACUGAUCUUACUACGGAAAAUCAGCACUUGCCUCUGCGUCAAGCAUCGUUUAUGUAACUGAAGUUGGCUGUCCAGUGAAAUCACUCCCUGGGCUCCUGAUUGGCCUUCUGUACCAUGAGCUCUGGCUCCGCCCAGGAUGUGGCGGUGGAGCAUUUCCUGCGUGACAUAGAGAGGCGUGGCCAGCGGCUUCACUGCGCUGUGAUUGGCUGUGAGGAGGAGCAUCCCCGCGGCGACAUGAACCUGCUCUACCGCAAAAGCCGACUGGACUGGAGAAAUCGAGACCAGGAGAGCAGCAAGAAGAGCUCCAGUCAUAAGGACGCGUCCUCUGCCACGGUGGGGAAGGUGCGGGACUUGGCCUCGUUCCGCCGCCAUUUCCGCAUGGGCUUCAUGACCAUGCCGGCGUCGCAGGACCUCUCCCCCCACUCCUGUGCCUCGGCCAUGGCGCCGCGCUCGCAGUCCUGCCACGCGGUGGGCGCCGGCGAGCCGGGCGGCGGCCUGGAGAACGGCGACUACCCGGGGGACGACGGCUCGCACCAGGGCCAAGGGAACCGCUGCCCGCCGGCCAAGCCCAAGCGCCACCCCAGCACGCGGCUCAGCUCCACGCCCCAGCAGGAGCACCCGCCCAGGGGCGGCAUAGGGGGCAUGGGUGGGCACCCGCCCUCAGAAGCGCCGCCACCACCGCCGUCGUCGGCCCAGUCCAGCCAGGGCCACCACUCGUCCAGCAAGCACGGGGAGAAGAAGAACGCCAUGAAGAAGUCGGAUUCGGGGGAGAUGGCGAGUAAGAAGGUUCCGCCGCUGAAGCCCAAGCGGAGUCCGAGCACGCAGCUCUCGUUCGACCCGCCGCCGCCACGCAUCCCGCCGCCGGCCACGCCGCUGCCCUUCCAGAACGCAGAGUCGUCGGCGUCGCCGGGCGAGCGCGGCCUGGACGACGAGCCGGUCUACAUCGAGAUGGUGGGGCAGGUGUUCACGCGCGAGAGCACCGCCACGCCGCACCCGCCGCUCACGCCCUCGGCCACCACGCCGGACUCCGACUCGGACCCGGGCGAGGCCAUCUACGAGGAGAUGAAGUACCCGCUGCCGGACGAGCAUGCCCACCACCACCGGCGCCCGCCGCUGCGCCACGAGCGCCUCAAGUCCUCCUCUUCCUCCUCUUCCUCCACCUCCAAGGCCUACCACCACCACCACCACCACCACCCCCACCACCACGCCUCCUCGGGGGGCUCCUCGGCCGGCGCUCCCACCUCGGCCGCCUCGUCCCCUCUCCCGCGUCCCUCCUCCUCCUCCCCGGCGUGCUCCUCGUCGUCCAAGCCCAAGGCCACCGUGUCCAUCUCGCACUCGUCCCCGCUGCCCUGCGCCUCCUCCUCGGCCUCCUCCACGCCCGUGCCGCUGUCGUCCAGUCCCCACCCCCCGCGCGCCCCCACCCCCUUCCUCCUGCAGGGCGGCAAACCGGAGCUGGACUCCUCCUCUUCCUCCUCCACCAAGAUCCCCGCGCCCUUCCCCAACCUCCUCCAGCACAAGCCGCCCCUCCUCGCCUUCCCCCAGCCCGCCGCUGCCUCUAGUGGGGUGGCGGUGCAGCACAAGAGCACCUCCUCUUCCUCCUCCUCCACCACCGCUGCCUCCUCCUCCUCCGCCUCCAAGAAUGCCCAAUCCUCCGCCUCCUCCUCGUCCGGUGGAGCGUCCUCCUCCUCCGUCGGCGGCGGCGGCAGCGGCUCCUCGGGCUCCUCCAGCCUCCCCGCCUCCAAGGAGUCGUCCGGGGGCUCGGGGGGCGCGCAGGACAAGCAGCAGGCCGAGAGGAGGGAGGCGCAGCUGGGCCCGGCGCCUGGACUGAGAGCACGGAGUCACUCCACGCCGCUGCCUCCGUCCUCCAAGUCCUCCUCGCCGUACUCGCACCACCACCACCACCCGCACCACCACCCGCACCACCGGCCCUCGCACUACCACCACUACCGCAAGCCCGACAAGGAGUCAGGCAAAACCUGCUCCUCCGCCUCCUCCUCCUCCUCCCAAAUCACGGCGCAGAUGCAAACACAGGGCAAGGAGGGGAAGUCGGUCAGCUUCCUGCUGAAGUCCGACAAGCCGGAGAGGGACAGAGAAAGGGACAGAGAUCGAGAUAGGGACAGGGAUCGAGACAGGGACAGGGAUCGAGACAGGGACCGGGAUCGUGAGAGGGAUCGGGAGAGGGACGCUCAGUCGUCCAGCCUGGGUGACAUGUCCACCACCUCGCACGCCUCCAGUACCACCCCUACUCCGACAUCUACCUCCACCUCCUCUUCCUCCUCCUCUCAGCGGCCGCACUCCCGCCCCCACCUCCACCGCUCCCACACCCCCCACGCCCUCUCCCACGGCCUGCCCGCCUACAAGCCCCCGCCGGCCGACAGCCCCCUGCUCUGGACCUACCCCUCCGUGGGCUUCCGGAGGCCCCCGGCCUACGACAGCCUCAGGGGGGGGUCCCAGUUGCCCUCCCUGCACCAUGACCCAGGCUCCAAAGGUGGCAGCAGCGGAGGUGGGGGUGGUAGUGGGCCGCCGUCCCUGCAGGGCAAAGCGGGCUUCAUGCCCUGGGACGGGAACGCGGGGAUGGGCUUGCCGGACGACGUGCCCUACUGGCCGAUGCACAGGAAGCUGUCCUUCAGUCACAGCAGCAGAGACACAGAGAAGGAAGACGGCAGUGUGUGGAACGGCGGCAGUGACGGCCUGCUGAGGAAGGAGAGGGACGACCUGGCCCUGGGGUUGCGCAGUGGCCACUCGGGCAUCCCAGUGCGCACUUCCAGCCGGGCCUUCGGCCACAGCGAGAGCCUGGCAGGGGCGGACGGGCCGCCCGGCUUCGGGGCACUGAGCAGAGGGAUGCCCUUACCCUGCCAGACCUUCCCUGCCUGCCGGAACGGAGAGCUGGCACGUCUGGGCAGGUCGUCCUCCACCUCUGGGGUGAGGCAGGUGGGCGGAGGUGACGUUCAGAGGCAGAGCAGCCUGCCUGCCAAGGAUGCACUGAGCCAGCUCCAGGCCCAUGCUCUGGCGCAGGCCCAAGCGCAGUCUCCCUGCAGCCCCUCGCUGUCGCGCCAGCAGCAGCAGCUCCACCUCCACCAGCAGCAACUCCAGCAGCAGCUGCAGCAGCACCACCUGCAGCUGCAGUUCCAGCACCUGGCCCAGCUGGCGCAGGGGCAAGCCCUGGCCACCGGGGGCGCCGCCAUCACCGCCGGCGCCAACCCCGCCUCCAUCGUCUCCGGCACCGUGGCUGCGGCAGCCGCAGCGGCUGCCGCCAGUGGCGGGACCCAUGCGCAGCGCGACGGCAAGCUGCUGGAGGUCAUCGAACGCAAGCGCUGCCUCUGCAAGGAGAUCAAGGCCCACCGGAGGCCGGACAAGAGCCUGUGCAAGCAGGACAGCAUGCCCAUCCUGCCCAGCUGGAGACGGACCCCCGAGCCUCGCAAGACGGGUACCCCGCCCUGCCAAAGGCCCCAGGCUGUGGUCUGGGACACAGCCAUCUGAGGCAGAGAGGGAAAGAGGGUAGUAGAAGGACGAGAGGUGGACACGUUUACAGUUGAGAGAUGAAGGAGAAGAUUGAGAGAAAGGAAGAGAGAGUGAGUUAACUGAGAGGGUGAGGGAAUGGAGAUCACAGCACUCAUUGAGGUUGUGACUGCUUCUGUUGGCUGUGGAAGGGCCGGGAGUAACAUGUGCCAUAAUUACUGAAUAAAGGACAGAUGAAAUAAUUAAAAAAACUUUCAAAACUACUGAUUCUCACCUUCUGUUGGAAGAAAGCAAAACAAAAUGAAAAAGAAGGGAAAUUACGUUUACAGCAUUGCAUAUUCAUACUUGAUGCCUAUCAUGAACUUUCAAAGUCCCUAAAGUCACAUACAAUGUGAAAGACGUAGGUAGAUAAUUGAUCCAAUUGAGCUUGGGGUGGAUGUUAAUGCAUCCUUCUCCCUUGUGCUCAGAAGAGGAUGUAUGCUGAACCUGGCAAACCCCUGAGGAAAGGACUGCAAUUAGUUUUGUCAUUUCUCCCUCAGUGACUGUGCGCGUCUAUUGUUCGACUGGUCUGCUCAAUGUCCUCCCAUCGCUGGUCCAGACGGAGGCCUUCACUGAGCGUGGGUGGAACCACUACAGCUCCAGCUUCCCAUCAUCCCACUCAGAGCCUAUCGGCUCUGCCGUCCUGCUGCUCUGUUGUGUGUGUGUGUGUGUGGGGGGGGGGGGUGACUCAUUAUCUCGAAGAACGAAGAACUGCCACCGCUCAAGUCUGCUGGACCUCUAACAUCAGCAAUUUGGUACAUUUUGAAGGUCGUUGGGAUGUUAGAAUGUUAAAGUUGGUCGUAAUGCAAGUGUCUAGUUGUAGCAGCGCAUCAUUGCGUCGACAAGCACAUAGGAUGCAGAGUUAUAGGCCUGACUCCCACAGAGAUCUGACAAAUACACCACACACACACUCACUCACACACAUAUACACACACAAAUACAGGUUUAUAUAGACACAGACAAACACAGACACACUUAUACAGUGUCAGACACAUUUGAUAAUCAGUGAGCUGGAAUUCCUGAGUUCUUGUUUAUGACUGGGUCAAGGUUAGUGUGAAUGAUUUCCUUUAUGUCUGAGUAUUGUUCGAGUGCCAAAUAAAUUAGGCAUACGACAAGUAAGGAUAUACUACCUAAGAGUUUCCAUAUUUGUAGUAGAAAGAUAUAAUAUAAAUAAAUAAACAUAUCUCUAAAAUGUUUCAGAAUAGUCUACACAACAAACACAGAUACAAACAAACAUAAACAAAAACAUACUCACAGAUACAGAUGGAUAACAAGGAAAAAUAACUCUGACAACAUUCAGAGCCUUUUUUGUAGCAAUAUUCUCCCCCAAAGUCAAACGUGACUUGGCAAGCUUGGGCCCCGAGUCUGAUUGUUCAACAGCUUUCUAAAAUCAGCCAUCACGCUCAACAUCAGUUGGAGAUCACUGGCCACCCAGGCGCCUCUGAAGGCCCAGUGGCUCCAAGUUUGUACUGGACAGGGAGUACAGCUUUUACAAAUCAAAACUCACGUCAGUGUAUGGACUCAUAUUGGUGUACAGCUCCAGUCUGUCAUGCAACCAUGCAUAAGGCUAAAACAUCACAAUUCACUAACAACAGCACUGUGACAUGGGAUCAGCCUGGUUUAGGCUCCAAUGGAAGAAAUGUAAUGGGUACAAGCAGGGAAUUGUGGAAUUGUGGAGUAAAAAGAUACUAGCACGCUAGACAUGUUAAGUCUUUCAUACACAGUGCAGGC